CCAACUAAUAUAAUUACAUAUUUAUUAAUUAAUUAUUUAUUUUUAACUUUACUAGUAACAGUAAAAAUUACAAAAAAAAAUUUUGGACCUUUACGACCAAUAAAUUAAUUUUAAUUUAUUUAUGUUUAAACCAUUUCGUAAAACACACCCUUUAAUUAAAAUUAUAAAUAAUUCUUUAAUUGAUUUACCUACUCCAAUUAAUAUUUCUGCUUGAUGAAAUUUUGGAUCUUUAUUAGGAUUAUGUUUAAUUAUUCAAAUUUUAACUGGAUUAUUUUUAGCAAUACAUUAUACUGCAGAUAUUGAAACUGCAUUUAAUAGAGUUAAUCAUAUUUAUCGAGAUGUAAAUAAUGGCUGAUUUUUACGUAUUUGUCAUGCAAAUGGAGCCUCUUUUUUUUUUGCAUGUUUAUUUUUACAUGUAGGACGAGGAAUUUAUUAUAAUUCUUUUCAUUAUAUUCCCACUUGAAUAGUAGGAACAAUCAUUUUAUUUAUAGUUAUAGCAACAGGAUUUUUAGGAUAUGUCUUACCUUGAGGGCAAAUAUCUUUUUGAGGAGCAACUGUAAUUACUAAUUUAUUAUCUGCAGUACCUUAUCUUGGAAAUGAUUUAGUUCAAUGAAUUUGAGGAGGAUUUGCUGUGGAUAAUGCUACAUUAACACGGUUUUUUACUUUUCAUUUCAUUUUACCUUUUAUUAUUUUAGCUUUAACAAUAAUUCAUUUAUUAUUCCUACAUCAAACAGGAUCUAAUAAUCCUUUAGGAUUAAAUAGAAAUAUUGAUAAAAUUCCAUUUCAUCCUUAUUUUGUUUAUAAAGAUUUAUUUGGAUUUAUUAUUUUUAUUUGAAUUUUAAUAACUUUUAUUUGAAAAUUUAAUUAUUUAUUAAUAGAUCCAGAAAAUUUUAUUCCAGCUAACCCAUUAGUAACUCCCGUUCAUAUUCAACCUGAAUGAUAUUUUUUAUUUGCAUAUGCUAUUCUUCGAUCUAUUCCUAAUAAACUAGGGGGAGUAAUUGGAUUAGUAGCCUCAAUUUCUAUUUUAUUUAUUUUACCUUUUAUUCAUAAAAAUAAAUUUCAAGGACUACAAUUUUAUCCAAUUAAUCAAAUUUUAUUUUGAAAUUUAACAAUUAUUUUUCUUUUACUAACUUGAAUUGGAGCACGACCAGUAGAAACUCCUUUUGUAUUAACAGGUCAAAUUUUAACUAUUUUAUAUUUUUCUUAUUUUUUUAUUAAUGUUUUAAUAUUAAAAUAUUGAGAUAAAUUAUUAAAUUAAACUUAAA